AAAGGCUUUGUCUCCCGGCCACCUCUCCAAUUUGGCCCCUCGGAACCGGUGACAGCCGGUUUGACAACUUGCCAGCACAAAUUCCUGGCAUACACACACCGAUGACAUACAUUUCCGACAGCGAAUUCUACUGGGAGAGAUGAAAGCAUGCCUGAAGAACAAAAACCCACACCCGCAGCCGCACUUGAAGCACAUCAUAGCACUGGCCAUUUCGCUUUAUGGCGACGCUCACACCAUCUCAGUACAACCGCUGCUGCGUAGAACUCGCCACUGCCUAGUCGGUCAUGUCCAGCCCAACGGCACAGUCAUCGAGCGCCCCCGCAUGGUUUAUGCGGCCUUCAAGACUGUCAACAACCCCACCAACCCAACUGGCACGAAAAUCGCACUGGAUGGCCGCGGCUGCCCUGUCACCGCUUUGUUCACGUAUGUAAUGGAUGCGCAAAUCACCAACACCGUCUUCACUGUCGACAAAGUCAUGUGCAACGACAAGUUGCCGACUUCAACAAGACCGUCGGCGAGCAGUGCUUUGAUAAGCCUGAUGAAUGCUUUCAGGCUGGGGCCUUUUACUACGCGUCCCAAGAGUUUCGUUCGAACUUGGCCCGAGGUGUACCACUGAAUUUGGAUAUUAUUUUCCCAGCCCAUCCAGGUCCCGGAAGGACGUCCGCCCAUGGCUUGCAGUCUGCGUCGGUGCCAACACGAAGCACACCCCUCCGAGCCAUCGAUCCCAACACUACACCCCAAACUCUGCCGCCACUACCCAUAGCAUCAGGGCACACGUUGAGACCGAAGCCAUGGAAGCCCGCCCCAGCGUCAGCAUUACGCGAAGUCAUGUGUCCGC